ACAUUUACACUUUUAGAGCUCAAACAAUGUUUGUUUCAUUUUGUCCUACAGAUCCAACUCCACCACAAACUCUAAAUUUUAAUACGAUUGGUUCAGACGGCAUCACAGUAUCUUGGAAAGACCCAGCAAAUAUGAGUGGCCUGGCAAAGUCAUAUAAUAUUACUUGGAAUCCUUCCUCCAACACUGGGACUGUUGCAAGUUACGUACCAAAUGUCACCCUCCAGAACCUGACAUCUGCGACUAAUUACACCAUUACUGUGCUCACAGUCGGAGCAAGGGGGUAUCAGAGCACGCCUGUUACUGGAUGGAGAGUCACAAGUCCUCUGGAGCAGCCGGGCAGUGUGCAGGUUGUCCGCUCAACAUCUGGAGAUUCUAUGAAUGUCACCUUUCAAGGCUUUGACACGAAGAAUGGGCCAAUAGUGGCUUAUGCCAUCAUUGUGACGACUGACCUAAACGGAAGCAAACCUCCUGAAGGGGUUUUAAAAAAGACAAACAAUGACUUCAAGAAUGGGUUAACCAAGACUUACGUGACUUCUGUAAUUGAGCAGAAUUCACAAAGAUCUACCAGAUCGAAUGAGAUAAGUGCCCAUGUGGGUGAUGGGUCUCAAUCACGUGGAUAUGUCAAUGCGCCAUUGGACCCAAAAUUACAGUACAGGGUGGGUGUGGCGGGAUUUACCCAGGUAAAUUACAGUUCAACCACAAACACCAUCAAUGAGGACCAAUCAACAGCGAUUAUCACCAGCUACAAUGGAUCUCCUUCCGCAACUACUACUACCACUGCCGCUACAACGAAUGCCACCUCUGCCAGCACAAAGCCUAACAAUACAAAUGCCACUGUAACAAACACUUCUAUCGCCAGCAACUCUGGAUCUCCUUCCUCGAAUGCUACUACUGCUACUACUACUACUACAACAAAAGCUUCUAAUACAGGCACCCGCCAUGUGCAAUGCAUGAUUUGUGGUUUACCUCUUUCACAUCUUCAACUCAUGACGUAUUUGCUGUGUGCAUUUUAUUAUUUUGUUCAUAUGUGACUUGGAACUCACAUUACCAACAC